AAGGAAGGAAGCUUUUGCGGGAAUUUAUGAUUGGGAGUGCAUGAAUGAAUGACGCCCACCAUGGGUGGAAACGGAAAGUAGCCCCUUCUUGGCGGGACUGGCGCAGGCUAGGAAGAAGCUUCUGUGGAAGCCGCUAAGGAAAGGGGGAAAGGUCCCUUCUGCAGUCUCGGCUGGCGACUGGAGAGAAGGAAAAAAGGGGAUGAAAGUGAUCACUUGUGAAAUUGCAUGGCAUAAUAAAGAGCCAGUGUAUAGCUUAGACUUCCAGCAUGGGAAUGAUGGGAAGAUCAAUCGGCUGGCUUCUGCUGGAGUGGACACUAUUGUUCGUAUAUGGAAAGUAGAAAAAGGACCAGAUGGGAAGGCAAUUGUGGAAUUCUUGUCCAAUCUAGCUCGCCAUACUAAAGCUGUGAAUGUUGUACGUUUUGCUCCCAAUGGUGAGAUUCUAGCAUCUGGUGGAGAUGAUGCUGCCAUAUUGUUGUGGAAGCUGAAUGAUAACAAAGAACUAGAGCCAGUUGCAUUUCAAGAUGAUGAUGAUAAUAACCAGCUGAAUAAAGAGAAUUGGACUGUAAUCAAAACUUUAAGAGGUCACUUAGAAGAUGUGUAUGAUAUUUGCUGGACCCCAGAUGGGAAUUAUAUGGCAUCUGCAUCAGUUGACAAUACAGCUAUAAUGUGGGAUGUCAGUAAAGGACAAAAAGUUUCCAUUUUUAAUGAACAUAAAAGUUAUGUGCAAGGAGUAACAUGGGAUCCCAUAGGACAGUACAUUGCAACUCUUAGUUGUGAUAGGGUGUUGAGAGUAUAUAACACUCAGACCAAGCGUGUGGCAUUUAAUGUCACCAAAAUGCCAUCAGGAGGAGGAUCUGAAGGAGAGGUGAAAAGCUAUCGAAUGUUUCAUGAUGACAGCAUGAAGUCAUUCUUUCGGAGGCUUACUUUUACUCCUGAUGGCUCUCUACUUCUUGCUCCUGCUGGCUGUGUGGAAUCUGGAGAAAAUGUAACAAACACCACUUAUGUAUUUUCUAGAAAAAAUCUGAAAAGGCCUGUAGCUCAUUUGCCUUGUCCCGGAAAGGCAACGCUAGCAGUUCGUUGCUGUCCAGUCUACUUUGAGCUGAGAUCUGCACUCAACAAAGAAGAUACUUCUCCAAAAAUUGGUCUAAUAAAUCUGCCCUAUCGGUUAGUUUUUGCUGUUGCUUCAGAGGAUUCUGUGCUUUUCUAUGACACCCAACAGUCCUUUCCAUUUGGUUAUGUAUCCAAUAUACAUUACCAUACCCUGAGUGAUAUUUCUUGGUCCAGUGAUGGAUCUUUCCUUGCUAUUUCCUCUACGGACGGAUAUUGUUCUUUCGUGACUUUUGAAGAAGAUGAACUUGGAACUCCACUGAAAAACAACCCAGUUUUAAUCACCAGAACUCCCAACACAGCAGAGAAGAAACUUAAAAAGGGUCAGUCCCCCACUGUUGUUUCCCCAGUCCCCAAACGGGUAGAUGGCACUCCUUCUAAUAGAGCCGUGGAUCCAAUCAGCCCGACUGUGCAACCCAAGACUCCAGUAAAUGUUAAAGACUUGUCCUCAACUCCUGUUAGUAUUAGAAAUACUCCAAUAUCUUCUUCGGAAGAGAAGAAACCCAUACAGUCUUCAGGCCUCAGUUCUAAAGUAAAGCAACCCAGGAGGAUUACACUAAAUACUCUGCAAGCAUGGAGUAAGGCACCAAGGAGGGUUGCUUUGAUUCCUCUGAAGUCAGAUACUCCGGACUCAGUAAAUACAAUCUCUAGACCUUCUUCCAUAGAAACAGCUCAACAUGAGAGACUAUCAUCACCUGAGGACCCUCUGCAAAAUCCACCAGCAUCUAAGCGUCUGAAGACUGAUGAAGCUUGAAGAUAAAAAAGUUCACAACCACUAGUAUAGCGUACUGUAUGGAUGCAUUGCGCUUUACAGGCCAUAGUUGUAAUAAUAGACUUGCAACGUCUGAGAAAUGAGUUGUGGAGAAUCAAGUUUGCAUCCGUUCUGUCCUAGAAUUCUAAGUAAAUUGUUGGGUAUGUGACAGGCCACUGAAAGUUCAGAGGUGUCUCAGUAAUGUCAAUAUCACAUGAUUUGAAAUGUCUGCUUUCAGGAACUUCUUUUGAGUAUGGACUUUUCCUGAAAGUUUGUGUCUGGUAAAGAAAAAGUUGCUGUGUCUGCUCAAUGAAACUGGUUUGCUAAACUUGCAGAACAGUCCUAAGCACAAUUACAUCCUUCUAAGUGCAUUGACUUAGUCCUCUGAUGACUUAGAAGGGUGUAAUUCUGUUUAGAGUUGCACUGUAAGUCAUUCUAUCUGCUUUCCUGAUCAUCCAUAAGGGAAAUAACUACCUGGUCAACAUGAAUCAAUUAUGUACAAAUAUCAAAAAGGCAGUGGGUUUAAUUUGCAUGCAAGUGAGACUGUGCCAGUGUAGAUUUUUUUAUGGUAAGUUACAAAAGGUAGGUUGGAAAGAAAAACUUAAAAGUUCAUGUAGCUGUGUAUCUUUACAUCAAAUAGCCAGAGGACAAAAAGAAAACCAGUCAUGAGGUUUCUGUGUUGCGAGCAUGUUAAAAAUUGUUGCUUAAUCUCACUAUAUAUAUGCUUUUUUUUUUAAAAAAAAGAAACAAUUACAAUAAUUCUAAAUAGCUAAAUGUUUUGUAAGCUUGUUUGUUUUACGUGUUAUGAUAAUAUACAAUUACGAUAAAUGAAGUACAUAGAAUAAAAUUUCAAAAUUCA